CUUCCAAUAUCUAAUCUUGUAGUGCGAUUCUUUGCGGUGUAGCCGAAGGAGCAAAGUCCCAAAAGCCAGUUCUGUCAAUUUCCUCCCUCGAUCGAUUUCGAUCGUCGCCGUCGCUCUCCGCCAUUGGCCGCCGCGGCCCGGCUCGAUCGGAGCAGCAUCUGUCCCCAGCGACGCGUGGCCUUCUCGAGCGGUGGGGCGGGCCAGGAAGGAGGAAUGGCGGAGAAGGAGAAGAAGUUCGUGAGAGUGGCGCCCUUCGAGUGUGCUUGGAGCGAGGAUUUGAUGUUCCGGGAAGCCGGGAGGGGUUGUGUUGCUUUCGAAGCCUCCGCCCGCAAUGAUGUGACCGUGGUGUUCCGGGAGAACGUCGGCAGCCAGCACUACCAUUACAAGAGGGACAACAGUCCUCACUAUACGGUGAUUCUUGGCAGUCACAGGAACCGCCGUUUCAAGAUUGAGGUGGAUGGGAAAACCGCCGUGGAUGAGGCGGGCAUGGCCCUUUGCAGCUCUUCGGCGUUUCAGAGCUACUGGAUCAGCAUAUAUGACGGGCUGAUCAGCGUUGGCCAGGGUCGGUACCCUUUUCAGAAUCUGGUUUUCCAGUGGCUGGACACCAACCCGAAUCGCAGUGUUCGGUAUGUUGGGCUUAGCAGCUGGGACAAGCAUGUUGGAUAUAGGAAUGUCAGUGUCUUGCCAUUAACACAACAUCCCAUCUCACUCUGGAAGCAGGUGGAUUGGAGUGAGCACAAAGGGGAGGAGGGGAAAGAUGAUGAGGAAUUGGGAGAAGAAUGUUCGGAUUAUGAGAAGUGGGGACUAGAAAAUUUUCUGGAGAGCCCAGAACUGUCUGAUGUGAAUUUUAUCGUUGGAGAGGAUGAAAAGCGUGUCCCUGCUCACCGGGUCAUCUUGGGUAUCUGUGGUAACUUAAGUUCUUGUUCAUCAAGUGAUGUUAUUUUUCUCCGAGAUGUUGAAUAUCCUAUCCUGCAUUCUCUUCUUCAGUAUGUGUACACCGGACAUACACAGGCUGCAGAGUCUGAGCUUGGUUCUCUGAUGGCACUAGCCUUACAAUUUGAGGUGCUGCCCCUGGUUAAGCAGUGUCAGGAAAUGAUGGAUCGUUUUAAGUCAAAUAAAAAAUUGUUUAACUCUGGUAAGAAUGUGGAGUUAUCAUAUCCAAGCUCAAGGCCCCAUUCUACAGUUUUCCCCUUUGGGCUCCCAGUCUACAUUAAGAAGCUCAAACAGUUGCCUAUAACUGGUGAACAUAGUGAUGUAAAAAUCAACAUUGAUGGUAAUCGUUCAGCUGCCCAGGCACAUAAAAUUAUUCUUAGUUUGUGGAGCAUCCCAUUUGCAAAGAUGUUCACCAAUGGAAUGGCUGAGACCAAAUCCUUAGAGAUUUGCUUGAAGGAUGUAUCACCAGAAGCAUUCAGUUAUAUGGUCAACUUCAUGUAUAGUGGCGAAAUUAAUAUGGAAGAUGGUCCAAAUUCUGGGAACUUAUUACUCCAGCUGCUUUUACUGGCUGAUCAGUUUGGAAUCACCCUACUUCAUCAGGAGUGCUGCAAAUUACUUUUAGAAUGGCUCUCUGAGGACUCAAUAUGUCCCAUCCUCCAAGCUGUUUCGAUGAUCCCAUCUUGUAAGCUUAUUGAAGAAACAAGCAAGAGAAAUUUCGCUACACACUUUGAUUAUUGUACAACAGCGAGCAUGGACUUUAUCUUGUUAGAUGACACAACUUUUAGCCAUAUUAUUCAGCAUCCAGACUUGACUGUGACGUCUGAAGAGAGGGUUCUCAAUGCAAUUUUAAUGUGGUGCAUGGAGGCAAAGAAAUUACUUGGUUGGGAAGCGGUGGACGAGCUCAUGAACCCUUUAACACCUGAAGUCAAUUUUUCUGACAGGCUUCACUUACUAAAUGAUUUGUUGCCCUUUGUGCGAUUUGCCUUGUUACCACGUGCAUUGCUUAAGAAGUUGAAGAUGAGCAACCUCAGCAAACGCAUUCCUAUUCUUGGCAAUCUUGUCACGGAGGCCCUCAACCAUACAGAAAUGGGGUUGGCAAAUAUAGGGACUGACAAAAGAUUCCAACAUAGGCGAUCUAGUUUUAAGGAACUUCAACACAUAAGUGAUGGUGACAGCAAUGGGGUCAUGUACUUUGCGGGCACGUCAUAUGGGGAACAUCAGUGGGUCAAUCCUGUCAUUGCAAAGAGGAUUUUUAUUACCGCUAGUAGCCCCAUUUCAAGAUAUACUGAUCCAAAAGUUUUGGUCUCAAGAAAUUUUCAGGGUACAUCUUUCGCUGGGCCUCGGAUAGAAGAUGGACAUAACUGCUCAUGGUGGAUGGUAGACAUUGGCGAAGAUCAUCAGCUAAUGUGCAACUAUUACACCCUCAGACAGGAUGGCUCAAGGGCAUACAUGAGGUCCUGGAAACUUCAGGGCUCUGUGGAUGGGAACUCGUGGACAGACUUGAGAGCACAUGAUAACGACCAGACCAUCUGCAAGCCUGGGCAGUUUGCGUCGUGGCCCAUAACCGGCCUUAAUGCUCUCCUUCCUUUUAGAUACUUUAGGUUUGUUUUGACUGGUCCCACGACCGGUGCAUCAAACCCCUGGAACUUCUCCAUUUGCUUCUUGGAGCUCUAUGGCUAUUUCCGCUGAAGUGAUGGGGACUAAUGUGUCUGCAGGCGUGUUUCUUGUAGAUAAAUGAAUAAAACCACCCCCUUCCCCAAAAAAAAAAGAUGGUGCUGGACUUGUAUAAUUGUCCACUGGGGGAUAGCCUCAUCUCACACGGAACUGAGUGGUUUCAUCGUGUCAUUCAUGCCAUGUGUUUGGACAUCUUGAAUAUUAGCAAAGUCAAACAGAUGAACAGCUUUUACCGGGUGUUCCCAUCAAGCGGUUGUGAUUGCCGCUCCAUAGCAUUUGUUCUGUUCUUUUUGGCCGACAUUCCAGUGGUUUCAAUGAGUUUAAAAGUGAGAACACUUGAACAAA